GAAGCUCGCGCUCGUUGCAAAGUUACAUAGCCAGUCGCGAAUGGCGGACAAAGCUCCCUCCUCGUCUUCUUCCGCUGUUUCGGAACGCCCAACAGGAGGAGGCGAAGAUGAGCUGCUGUAUGGAGCCGGGUCGGGGUGGGUUGAAGCUCGAACGUGGUGUGAUCACUUGGCCUCUCUGUCCUCUGAUCUCCUUCACAUUCCGGCCCCCGACACCCCCUGCAAUAGGUGUCAUCACCCAAGUGAGAACUGGUUAUGUCUGUGUUGCAAGGAAGUGCUCUGCAGCCGAUUUGUGAACAAGCAUAUGCUCCAGCAUUAUCAGCAAACAAGCGACUGCCUCGCGCUCAGCUUCAGUGAUCUAUCAGUGUGGUGUUUCUCCUGCGAUUCGUAUAUAGAUGCACAAGUGCUUCCACAGCUGCGGCCUGUUUAUGAAACUGCAUAUAUCUUGAAAUUUGGAGAGUCCCCGCCAAUUCGGAAUGUUGAACUCCAAAAUGUUGCAGCUUCCUCCGCAGGCAGUUGAUUUGGAUCAAGUAUUGCUUUCAGCUUUGCUCAUUGAGGAGAUGGAGGCGGUGCGCUCGUGACCAAUGUUUAUUAUCCAAGAUAGGUGAUUUGCCAUAUAUUGGGAAAA